GAUGCCCCCGGGGCAGAGGUAGCUGCCGGGUGCCGGCAACCCAUGUGCGAGCCGCGCUCGGGGCGGCGGCCGUCUUCAUCUCGGUGCCCGCCCCCGGCGCCCUGGCCCUGCCCUCGGGCGGCGGCGGUCGCGCCUCCGCCCCGAGCUACCUCCGCACCUGGGCCGCCGCCUUCCCCGCCGGCAGCGUGGCGCAGCCAGCGGCGGGAACGCGUGUCGGAGCCGCGGCCCCGGGAGACGAGGGCGGCGACGGGGAGAUGGGCGACAAGAAGGUGGCUCUCAUCACCGGCAUCACCGGGCAGGAUGGAUCGUACUUGGCUGAGUUCCUGCUGGAAAAAGGCUAUGAGGUUCAUGGGAUUGUUCGUCGAUCUAGUUCUUUUAAUACAGGCCGGAUUGAGCAUCUCUAUAAGAACUCACAGGCUCACAUUGAAGGAAACAUGAAGCUGCACUAUGGUGACCUCACGGACAGCACCUGUCUGGUGAAGAUCAUUAAUGAAGUCAAACCCAAUGAGAUAUACAACCUGGGAGCUCAGAGCCACGUCAAGAUUUCUUUUGACCUAGCAGAGUAUACUGCUGAUGUUGAUGGAGUUGGCACUUUACGGCUCCUAGAUGCUAUUAAGACCUGUGGCCUUAUCAAUUCUGUGAAAUUCUACCAAGCCUCCACCAGUGAACUUUUUGGAAAAGUGCAAGAAAUCCCGCAGAAGGAGACCACCCCUUUUUACCCAAGAUCGCCUUAUGGUGCAGCAAAACUGUAUGCCUAUUGGAUUGUGGUGAACUUCAGAGAAGCCUACAAUCUCUUUGCUGUGAAUGGCAUUCUCUUCAAUCAUGAAAGUCCCAGGAGAGGAGCUAAUUUUGUUACUCGAAAAAUUAGCCGAUCAGUGGCAAAGAUUCACCUCGGACAGAUGGAUUCUUUCAGCCUGGGCAAUCUGGAUGCUAAGAGAGACUGGGGCCAUGCCAGGGACUACGUUGAGGCCAUGUGGCUGAUGCUGCAAACGGAUGAGCCAGAGGACUUUGUCAUUGCCACUGGGGAGGUCCAUAGCGUCCGUGAAUUUGUGGAGAAGUCAUUUAAGCACAUUGGAAAAACCAUUGUGUGGGAAGGAAAGAAUGAAAAUGAAGUUGGGCGAUGCAAAGAGACUGGCAAGAUUCAUGUGACAGUCAAUCACAAGUACUACAGACCAACUGAAGUGGAUUUCCUUCAAGGGGACUGUACCAAAGCCAGGCAAAAGCUGAACUGGAAGCCCAGAGUCACAUUUGAUGAGCUGGUGAGGGAGAUGGUGGACGCCGACGUGGAGCUCAUGAGGAGCAACCCCAACGCCUGAGCCUGGCGGGACCCAGCCAUGGCACAGCUACAUGGGGGCCAUGUUGGGGGCCACCCCCAACCCCGGUGGCUCUGUGCUAGCAGCCUGUGUGUACAAGGCCGGUUUUGUCCUUCCUCCAUUCCCCCAGUGCCUCAGGCCCCACAUCGGGGGCAGCCCCGCUCCUCCACCCAGGCCACCUUUGGUGCCUGCCGCACUACUUUACCUAGAGGAGCCAUUGGCCAGAGAGCCCACCGACUUACUUUUUAAUUAAAACUUGUCUUUCUAUUACCUAA